UUCCCUUAAGCCGGGGACACACCUAAAGCCGGGGACACACCUAACGAUUGUAAGGCCGAUUAUGAAUGUAAUUUGAUACUUACGACUGAUCAUGUCCAAUCGCGCCGAGUCAGAGCCAGUUGCGUUCAGUCGGUGUUUACAGUUGGUGCUUAAAAUCGUGCAGUGUGCUGCGUCUAACGAUUCUAGUCUUAGAAUUUUAGAAACAGUCAUUGCCAGUCCUCCUCACAAAGAUUCUUCUCAAAUUUGAUAAUUCCCACUUCUGAAUUACGAGCAAAUUCGCGUUCAGUUUUUUUUCAAGGGAAGUCAUCUUUACAAUAGCGCUGAGAGCGCGUGAAGGCAGCAUAAUAUUUGCGACCGCUGACGUCUCCGUUUCCUUGGAGACUGCGUCAGGCGAUUGUAAACAAGCGGCGAAAUGGCGUCAAAAAAAGUUUGCAACAUUAAAACACACUGGACAAGCAGUAUGGAAGAGAAACUGGUUGAACUUUGGCAAGAGUAUGAAUGUCUGUAUAACGUAUCUUCGAAGGAAUACCACAAUAGAAGUGAUAAGGAAAGAAGCUGGGCUGCCAUUGCGAAAACUUUGAACGUAUCAGUCACUGAGGUGAAAUUAAGGACUUGCUCCUUAAGGACCCAAUACAGCAGGCUGCUAAAACCAAGGCCUAGUGGAAGUGGUGCAACAGCAUUAACAGCCAAGCAAACCUGGAUCCUUAAGUCUCUGAAUUUUCUUAAAACCCAUAUAACUCCACGCCUGAGUGAGACAAGUCUUGAUCCAUCAAUUAAGGAGUUCAUGGAGGAUGAAGAGUCAGAUGACACCACCCUUGAUCAAGAUACGCUGCCAGAAGAAACCAAUGACCUUACUUUUGAACAAGAAAACAUACUGCAACCAAGCCCCCCUCUGUUUAAAAAGGACACAUACACAUCAAAGAUCACCAAAAAUAGAGAAUUAAAAGGCAGUGAUAUUGAACUUCAAAAACUGUCUGUCUUGAAACAAAUGGCUAAUGUUGUUCAAAACACAAACAAUGAUUCAUUUAAUUUGUUUGGACAACAGAUUGCUGAAGAACUGAGAAAAAUUAAAGACAACAUGGUCCAGACAAGACUGAAAAGAAACAUCAUGAACAUGAUUUAUGAUGCCCAAGAAUCUGAAAUAUACACCCAACCACAACAUGCAACCACAUCACACACAUCCUCAAAAUAUCCAGCUGGGUACCCAACAUACCCAUCUCCAUCACAGCCACCUGCUGGGUAUUACACAUCACAACAGCCCCCACACCAACACUCUAAUGUAGCACAGCAAAGGCAACAUCUAACAUUUUCAAUGCUUGGUGAUUUGGAGGAGUAGGAAGAGUUGUUGUAUGUGUCUUUUCGAUUAUAUGUCUUCUAUUUUGAAAGUGUUUUUUUUUUUCUUCACUUUUCAAUUCAAUCAAAUAAUUACAUAUAAUUAGUGAUAAUUACAAAUAAUUAGUUCUUUCUUACACAAUACCUUCUAAAUGCUUAUACCUCUCUAUAAACCUUCUCCUAAUUUUUUUCACAGUAUUAGCAUUUAUAAAUGUGCUUUGAAAUUUGAAAGUGUAUUUUAAACAUACCAAUGUAAUGUUUGCUGCAAUAAAUCUUUGAAACAAGUA